GCGGAAACAGAGAAAUGUCAGAGCAGAGACUAGCUACCAACACACACACAACACAGUGCGAAGCUAAAGGUCUGUUUUCACGUCUAUUCGUUUGACUGGAUAUUGAUGUCAUAUUGUGGAACACAAAACGGCGGCCGCCGCAGCAAAUGGGACCAGCCCGGGCCCGGAUCUGGCUGUGGUGGGAUGGGGGAGGCUGAAGCUGCCCCCACCGGGGCUCUGGAUGCUGCUGCUGCUGUGGCCGCCAAGAUCAAUGCAAUGUUGGUAGCAAAAGGCAAACUAAAACCCUCACAGAUAGGCACCCCAGGACCACCUGAUAAGAUUGUAGGUGUUGCAAAGCCUCAGGUGCCAGCAAAGGCCAAAGAUGAUCUGGUUGUAGCUGAAGUGGAAAUCAAUGAUGUACCAAUCACCUGUAGGAACCUCCUGACACGAGGGCAAACACAGGAUGAGAUCAGCAAAGUGAGUGGUGCUGCGGUUUCUACCAGAGGCCGUUACAUGACAGCCGAAGAGAAGGGCAAAGCGUUACCAGGAGAUCGUCCUCUGUAUCUGCAUGUCCAAGGACAGACCAGAGAUCUCGUAGACAGGGCAGUGAAUAGAAUCAAGGAAAUCAUAACUAAUGGUGUGGUGAAAGCUGCAACCGCUUCAUCAUCUUCAGCCUUUUCCCCGAGUGCGGCAUCAGUCACAGUUUACCAGCAACACACUCCCCCUCCUCCCUCACUGCCUCCCAUGACCCACCACAAACCACACUUUCAGUCUGGGAUGCACUAUGUACAAGAUAAAGUCUUUGUGGGGCUGGAGCAUGCUAUUCCAGGGUUUGUGGUCAAAGAGCGGGUGGAGGGUCCUGGCUGUUCGUAUCUGCAGCACAUCCAGGCUGAGACUGGGGCAAAAGUCUUCCUCAGAGGGAAAGGAUCGGGCUGUUUAGAGCCAGCCUCUGGACGAGAGGCCUUUGAACCCAUGUACAUCUACAUCAGUCAUCCUAAACCAGAAGGACUUGCAGCAGCAAAAACUUUGUGUGAGAACCUGCUACAGACUGUCCAUGCAGAGUAUUCCCGAUUCCUCAAUCAAAUGAGCUCAAUGAUGCCAUCACAACAAGGCUUUGCACAACCUCCUGUAGUGAAUGGGAUGCCCCCACAGCCUCCUUACUACCCCCCUGCCGGAUUUCAGCCAGGCUACCCCAUGCCUGUACCUCCCCCUCAGCCACAACCUGUCCCUCCACCUUACACCGUCCCACCUCCUAUACCCCCUUCAACACCUGCAGGCGUGCCCCCGCAGUACCCUCUCCCUCCUGCUCCCUCCACUGCUCCCACCCCAGUUCCAGUCUCUGCUCCAGCUUUGGCCCCUGCACCAGCUGCUGCUCCAGGAACUGUGCCACAGACUCUUCCUCCUGUACCGUUUCCUCCAUCAACUGCAGCGCAGCCAAAAGCUCCACCUCCAGCCGCACCAGCCAACCCACCGCAGAAAAGACGCUUCACAGAGGAGGUCCCAGACGAGAGAAAUAGUGGCCUACUUGGAUAUCAGCAUGGACCCAUUCAUAUGACUAAUUUAGGUGCAGGCUUCCCAGUGGGCAGCCCGGAGACUACAGGACCCCUACCUCCGAGUUCCUCUGGCCCACCAAGUGAGAGGGACAGUAGACAGCUAAUGCCUCCACCUACGUUACCUGUGAAUGGAGCGAGACCCAAGACUGAGGAGAAAAGGUCACCCCCAGGCCCUGUGGAGCCCGCAGUGAAGAGAUUGAAAACUGGUUUGGUGGCAUACACAGGCGACUCCUCCGAUGAAGAGGAGGACCACUCGACCUCCAAAGCCUCAGGGCCAGGUAACCCUGGGGCAGCUCCCCCUACCUCCACCUCCUCAGGCUGGACACCGGGCUAUCGCUGCCCUCCCCCACCACCCCCUCGUGCUAAGACACAGACACAGCCGCAGUCUAUGCCUUUUUGGAUGGCACCCUAAAACAGUAGAAUGCUUUGUGACGAAUCUCACAGGAUGUUCACCCAAACUGAGCCUGUCUUUUUCCAUUACACCUUAACCACAUGGACGACCUUUUAUUUAGGAACCUGAGUCUAAAAGGACUUACUAAUGAUUUGGUAAACUCCUGUUUGUUUGUACUUCGGUGCACGCAUUAUAGUUUGAAGAUGAUGGACUGAUACUCCAAACUAUUUUGUGUAUGUUUAACGAGCAAAAUUCUGCCCCCCAGUUUUAUUUGGAAAAGAUAAAAAAAACUAAUGCCCAGUGAAGGGUUUAAAGAUAGAGUCGUUGUAGAAAAUAAUAUCACAAGGCCAUGAUGUCAAACAUCACAAUGAUUUUUAAUUUAGUCCCAGGCCUAGUUUGUCCUCCCCUUCCCUGUCUGUGGCACCAUCCUUUUCUAUUUGAGUCUUUUUGUACAGAUGAUAUGAACUUACAUGUAGUGAACAUAAGAAACUUAUUUCAUGCUUUUAUGAAAUAAAUAAACUUAAUUUAUUGCCGUGUUUGA